AUGGUUCAAGCGGAGCAAGAAGCAGUCAUAUUGCAAAAAGCAGGUCUCAUAACGAUUGGCAAACGUCCAAUUCCAGAGAUUGAAGAUCCGAACGAUGUCAAAGUUCAGAUCAAGGCCACAGGUAUCUGUGGAUCAGACGUUCACUACUAUAAGACAGGGGCCAUCGGCGACUUUGUUGUGAAGGAGCCAAUGGUUCUGGGCCACGAAUCAAGUGGAGUAGUAGUUGAGGUUGGUAGCAAAGUCCAGAAUGUGAAAGUUGGCGAUCGCGUAGCUAUUGAACCGGGUAUCCCCAGCAGAUACUCCGAAGAGACGAUGUCUGGACACUAUAAUUUAUGCCCACAUAUGAGAUUCUGUGCCACGCCUCCCUACGAUGGUACUCUAUUGAAGUAUUUUUUGGUGCCAAAAGAUUUUGUGUACAAAUUGGAGGACCAUGUGUCUUUUGAAGAGGGUGCUAUCGUGGAGCCUCUAUCUGUGGCUGUUCAUGCAAAUAAAUUAGCCAAGACUACCUUUGGGAACGUUGCUGUUGUGUUUGGUGCAGGUCCUGUCGGAUUGUUGACAGGUGCCACAGCUAGUGCGUUUGGUGCGCUUGAGAUUGUUUUCAUUGACAUUUUCGAACAUAAACUGGAGAGGGCAAAGCAAUUCAAGGCUACACAUGCCCUACGCUGGAAGCCACACGAAAAAGAAGCUGAUAUUGUUAAGGAGAUUUCGAAAGCGCUAGGUGGUAGGAAGCCAGAUGUUGUGUUCGAAUGCUCUGGCGCAGAAUCAUGCAUCAGAGCUGCAGUAAAGGUCUGCAACCGAGGCGGCUCUAUAGUGCAAGUAGGUAUGGGUAAGGACGAUGUUCUCUUCCCCAUUACCGAGCUUGGUGUUAAAGAGCUUACAUUUCACGGUUCAUUCAGAUACUACAAAGGUGAUUACAAAGAUGCCGUUUCUUUGAUUACCACGGGCAAAAUUGAUGUGAGGCCUUUGAUCACCCGUAGAUUUCCAUUUGCAGAGGCUGUUGAAGCAUACAAGUACAAUGUUGACCAUGCCGCCGAGAUUACUAAGACUAUUAUAGAAGGACCCGAAUGA